AUGUCAUCUAUGAUACCAAAAUGUGCUGCUCAGAGCUUUGGUGAGACUGGAAGCUCUCCCAUUGAUGAGCCCGUUCUUGAACAAGUUAUUGAAGAUAUUGAGAACCUUCACCUAAAUGAUAGAAUUACUCACGAAUCUGAAGAACAAGCGAUUUAUUUAUCGUUUGAAGAAGCCAUUGUACUGAACAAGAACCAACAUUCGAGGGCUUUAUUCCGGUCGAGCUAUGAUUUUUGUUUAAAAGAGCUCCAACGCAAGUGGGGAACAUGGAAUGAGAAUCGACCUUUCAAUCUUUUCGGCGUUCCGGAAAACAGGAUUGUUAGUUCGAAAUGGAUUUUCGUGGCCUACAAGGGGUUAUAUACCUGCUUGAUCUCGGGGGAUAACGAGGACCUCAUUUUUGAAGGGCCCAAAAUUUGCAUGUUGGAAGACAUCUCGCUUUUGACAAGUUUGGCAGUUGCUUUCGAUAGAGGUUGGCAUAUAGAAUGCAUACCAGCGGCUCGUCCAAAGUCGUCUGUCAGACGCACCUACCUCACAGCGCCUCCGCACUGCGAUUUGCCACACAUGGGAUUCGAAUUGCAUCUCUGGGGCUCUUACAGGGAGUAUUGUGGGCUCGGUCAAAGCCUAUACAAGGAGAUUAAAAAAACUCUGAUCAACCUCUUUCAAAUGAGAGAGACUCAAACCGGUCUAUUUGUCAAGGGAGAUUUUGGUCCCAAAGGCAUUGUUUGUUUACCUCCUCACGAAAUUGUUGUCAUCGCCAGCACUCCAGCACUUUCAUCAGAUAUUAUAGAUACAUUGUCCAGGUUACUUGACCCUUUAGAGGCUUAUGAAAAGCCAGUUAUUUCAAACUCUAAUGUGCAGGAGUUUUAUAUUUCUGACAUCGAUAUUGUAUACCAACGAUUUUGGUCCAUGAAGUUGAGUAUGAAAAGUGUGAUACACGAGCUGUCGUUUUUGGUGGACCUGUAUAAAUCUGCAAGAGAUACAAGCUUAAUCUGUCUCAAUCAUUUUUUUCAUGAGGCGAAAAGGCUUCUUGAUGAGACGAGCAAAAAAUGUAGAUUUGACAUUGCAUUUGAUGUCAGUGCAUCGAAAUAUGGCCUUGGCCACCUGCCAUUGCUCUUAACAUACCUUAAUGAGACGCGGAAUUUAGGUCUCAAGUGGAAGCGCCAUGCAACCAGGAAAGUCUAUAAGAUAGGAGCGAUGACGGAUGCAUCCUACAUGCCAUUUGAGCUAGAUACUAUUCACACGGGCCAGGUUUUCACUCUUAAUGAUAAUGCGGUAUCAGCACGCUCUGAAGAAGAUUAUAAGCAAUGUAACAAUUGUAAUCGCGCAGAGCUUAUCGCCAUGACACAAUCAAUCCAUGGAUUACGCGUUAUUCAAUGUAUUUUAGACGACCUCGAUAUCCGUUCGUGCAAAGAGGUAACAACAGAUAGCUUGAGGACAAUUCAACUUCUAGAGUCACGCUUCAAAAUACCGCAGCAAGCUAGAGAACUGAGAGACGAAUAUUUAGAGGGGGAUCUAAAAUUCACUUUCAUUCAUUCUAAGGACAACUUUGCGGAUCUACUGACAAAAGCUGUUUGGGGCUAUCAUCGUGAGCGCCUUUUAAGAACUUUUUUCGAGUCCUGA